AUGAGAGACAAGGAUCACCUCGGCAGCCAUCGGGGGGCUCAGGUGCUGCUGACGGCCGUGGGGGCCUUCGCGGCCUUCGGCCUCAUGGCCAUCGCCAUCGGCACCGACUACUGGCUGUACGCCCGCGCCCGCGUCUGCAACGGCACCAACAACGGCACCGCGACAGGCGGAGGGACAGGCGGAGGGACAGGCGGAGGAGAGCGGAGGGAGCACGGGGGGAUGACGCACUCGGGGCUGUGGAGGGUGUGCUGCCUGGAGGGGCUGAAGCGGGGGCUGUGCCUGCGCAUCAACCACUUCCCUGAGGACCUGGAGUACGACCACGACAGCGCCGAGUACCUGCUGCGCGUGGUCCGGGCCUCCAGCAUUUUCCCCAUCCUGAGCGCGGUGCUGCUGCUGCUGGGGGGGCUCUGCGUGGCCGCGUCGCGCCUGCAGCGCGCCAGGACCAGCCUCGUGCUCGGAGCCGGCAUCCUCUUCGUGGCCGCUGGCCUCUCCAACAUCAUCGGCGUCAUCGUUUACAUCUCCUCCAACUCCGGCGAGGGCUCCGCGGGGGGUCUCCCCUCCCCCCGCCGCGACGGCGACCGCCGCCCCUCCCCCUACUCCUACGGCUGGUCCUUCUAUUUCGGGGGGGUCUCCUUCAUCCUGGCCGAGGCCAUCGGGGUCCUCGCCGUCAACCUUUACAUCGAGCGGCACCUUUGGACUCGCAAUUCCCAGUUCCCUGGACCAGUCCAGACCAGUUUGGGCCAGUCUGGACCCAGAAUUCCCAGUUCCCUGGACCAGUUUGGACCAGUUUGGCCCAGUUCCCCAUGA